CUUUGAUCGAUUUCAGCCUAGCUCUCGCACACAUGGCGACUGAGGCUCAGGUUCCCACUACCGAGCAGCCCAAGGCUGAGACCACUGCUGCCGCCGCCGGUAAGGCACCCAACGCACACACACGCUCGCAUGCACGUCGCACGAGGCAGAAAGGGGGUCACAGGGCGGAGAAAUGGCAGUGACGGGGAGGCGGGAAGGCCGUGGAUGGGUGCCGUGAAGGCGUAUGUGGCGCAUGUGAUGUCAUGUGGGAGUGGGAAUGGCCUGCAUGGGUGCCAGAAUGGCAUGUCUCCCUCAUCCGAGUUGGGUCCUGCAUCGCUCAUGCGUCCCUUUGGUCUCUCUGUGCGCCUGCCUUGUGUGUGUGUGCAGCGUACCCGGCUGGUGCAGUGCCUGCUCAGUACUACUACCCCCAGGCUGGGGCGUAUCCUUCCGUUGGCGGCGUUGGCGCUCCCGGGUGCGCCUCACACUGACUGCACAUCACAUGCACGGGACACAUGUCUCUGCCCAACGCGCUCUGUAUCUCUGUGGCCUGUGAUGUGUUGUGUGUUGUGUGCAGAGCGUAUGCAUCGUACGGCGUGUAUCCGGGUGUGGCGGGCGCCGAGGCGGGUGCUCCUGGGGCCACGUCUGCGACCUACCCGGCCUACUCGGCCUACGGAGGCUACGACCCCUCGGCCUACCAGUACGGCGGCUACGGCUACCCCACCUCCUACCAGUACGGGGCCGCACCCGGCAAGAAGGCCUUCAAGAAGAAGUCCUGCUGCUGAACACACACACAACACACCACUGCGACAUCGCACCGCACCCACACAACACACGGCUGACCGACAACUCCUCGGUUGGCUGUGAGGGAGUGGGGAAGGUGUUACUGUGUGCAGUGAGUGGUGUGCGCGUGUGGUCCAUGUAGCGAGGCUGAUUUGCAUUGCAUGCCUGUGUGAGUGAGUGUGGUGUUGUGUGCGCAGACGGUCCGCUGAGAUGUAUCUUAAUACGUCUCGUGGACUCCACCUGUGCCGUGUGUGUGGUGUGUCUGGCUGAGGUAUGGAUGGACCGGCCUGGCUGAUCUAUAGAUAGAUGCGUACGUAUUUCGUGGAUUGGAUGGGUGGAUGCAUGGCCAUGCAUGGAUGGAUGUGUGGAUUGAUGCCUAAGAUAGCCCAAAAUAGACAGACAGACCGAUAGCGAGCGAGCGAGCGAUACAGACGACACUCUCUCUCUCUCUCUGGCCGCCGAGCGACAGACAAUCAGACAGACAGAUAUCUGACUGACGUGCCAUACGGUGCAUUCAUUCUUACUGACACACAGCGAGGCACAGUUGAGUUGACUGAGAGAAGGAAGGCUCUUGACUGACUAAGUAGCGAAUGAAUUGAUGGGUGGACCGGCAGGCGGACGGGAUGCGAUGCAUCACAUCAUCCAUCAGCCCCGAAGCCACACGGCCACUGCAUCACAUCACAUCACCCCUGUGAAUACAUAAAGCUGACUACCUACCUAGCUCUCUAUCUUCCUGACCGACCAUACAUACAUACGACAGACACGUGCGCACAGUUUUGUUUUCCCCGGACAGACAGACACACAGACAGACAGUCCACCUGCCUAAGAUUUGCCACCCUUUUCACACCACUGACUGACUGACGCAUGAUACCUGUGUGUCCGUGCGUGUGCAGGAGGGUUCUUUUCGUGUGGUUGGUGGAUGGAUGGAUGGAUGGCGGCGGUUGGUGUGUCGGUGUCGGUCGUGCCGUGCGUCUGGUCGUCCGUGUGUGUGUUGCUGAUGGCUCCGCUCGGACCCUUGAGCUUUGCCUGACGUGACGGCUGACUGGAUGGAUGGAUGGAUACAUAAAUGGUAGAUGGGUGCAUGCGGUG